AUGCCUUCGCCCGUCCCUGUGGCAACACGUCCAAUCGACAAGCCCACCGUGGGCAGAAAUAACUACCAGCCUUUCGGCUUCCGCGAAGAGACCCUUCCCCAAGGGUGGAGUCAAAAUGGCUCACGUCCACUGCCCUGCGCCAUUCACGCCUCCCACGACGUAGGGAUCAAGGUCCGCGAUGGAAGUACUCUCUACUGCGACGUCUAUCGUCCCGCCGACGCAGAUAAGCCGGUGCCUGCAAUUCUGGCGUGGAGUCCCUUUGGAAAGAAGUUCAACGGCAUCACAUUUCUCAAGUUUCUGCCAUGGGGACUGGGUAUCCCGCAAGGUGUCCUCAGCGGCCUGGAAAAGUUCGAGGGACCUGAUCCAGCCGAGUUCGUACCUCGAGGCUUUGCUAUCGUCAACGUGGACGCACGCGGAUCGGGCGACUCAGAAGGCACCGUGGGAAUCAUGGGGACGCAAGAGGCCGAGGACGGCUACGAUGUGAUUGAGGCUAUCGCCAAAAUGCCCUGGUGCAACGGAAAUGUUGGACUGGCAGGCAACUCGCAUCUGGCCAUCGUUCAGUGGUUCAUUGCUGCAUUGCGGCCUCCAUCCCUGAGAGCCAUCGCCCCUUGGGAGGCAUGCAGUGACCUCUACCGAGAGCAGUUUGUCCGGGGUGGAGUCUUCGAUGCCGGCCUGUUCGACUGGAUCAUCGACCACAAUAUCCAGGGACACGGCGGAGUCGAGGACUUUCACGAGAUGUACCGGCGCAAUCGCACGGCGGAUACGGCUUAUUGGAAGGACAAAAGACCAGCCCUCAGCCGGAUUCGAAUUCCUGCCUAUAUCACCGCCUCAUACACCAGCUUCGUCCACACAAUGGGCUCCCUGCGUGGUUGGCUGCAGAUUGCAUCCUCGGAGAAAUGGCUACGGCUGUGCCCCUGGCAGGAAUGGUAUGACAUGUGGAACUGCAAGGACUCGGCCGCUGAGCUGGCGUCCUUCUUCGAUCAUUACCUGAACGGCGCCAGCAACGGGUGGGAACAAACCCCGAGGGUCCGGACCACCAUCUUGCGCUUCAAUCAAGAUCCAUUGUUCGACAUUGUGGAAGAGGAUUACCCAAUCCCUCGCACAGAAUAUCGGAAGAUGUACUUCCAUGCCGAUGGCAACUUGCGAAACGAUGCCCCCAGCGAGGUUUCAUCUCUUUCCUACAACUCGGAGAAAUAUCAGGACUGCGCGAGCUUCACCUACACUUUUCCGGCUCGUACCCGGUUGGCAGGUAUUCCCAAAGCAGUGGUGUACAUGUCCUGUCCCGACUUCCAUGACCUGGAUGUCUAUGUGCUAGUUCGCAAACUUGAUACACAGGGAAAGCCGCUACUCAACUUGAAUAUCCCCUGGUCGUCCGUUGCGCAGCAUGGCGUUAGUCCAGACAACGUCGACAAUCUCUCCCCGCGAGAGAAGUCCAAUCUCAUGUUCCAUGUUGGCUCAUUAGGGAUCCUGCGUGCGUCGAGACGCGCGAUCGACCGUUCAAAGUCUUUGCAUGAAAAUUUCCCUUUUCAUCCCCAUGAUCGGGAUGAGUAUGUCAGUCCCGGGGAAAUUGUGGAAUUGGAGAUUGGUAUCUGGGCCAUGGGAGUGGAGUACGAAGCCGGGGAAAGUGUGCGAGUCGAGGUUCAUGGGAAUAGCCCGCUAUUACGCGGGGAGUUCAAGGAAGACAACGAGUUCCAAGAGUUGGCGUCGCAUGGGACACAUACAGUCCAUAUCGGGGGCGACCAUGCUUCGCAUAUCAUCUUGCCGUUUGUGUGA